GCAUAUCUUUCUUCUUCUCCUCUCUCUCUCUCUCUCUUACUCAGUUCCUCCACUUGGGUUCUCUUCUCCUCUGUCCCUGCAUCUUCCUGCUAUUUUGUUAUCUACUUUGGGUCUUCCGUGAAUGCUGUGUAAGCUGAAGAGGGAUAUGGGGAAGUACAUGAGGAAAGCCAAAAUCACAGGGGAGGUUGCAGUCAUGGAAGUCGCUCAGUCGUCUCUGGGGGUUCGGACCAGAGCCAAAACCCUAGCCUUGCAGAGACUCCAGAAAUCGACGACGGCAUCGAUGGUUGAUUCCGGGGCUUCUUAUUUACAGCUCCGAAGUCGGAGGCUUGAGAAACCUCCUCUGCUUGCGGCCAGCAACCAUGAAGCGAAGAAACAACAAAACCCACCACUACCAAGAGAUAAAGAGAAGGAAAGCGCCAAAGCAAACCCUAACCCUAAUUCUCCAACAAGUUCCAGGUUGGUGGCGGAUUCUGGAAAUUCUUGCUCUGUUGCUUCGGUGAGUUGUUCAAAAUAUGAAGAGGAGUUUUCGACCGAGGAGAAAACCCCUGUGGCAAUCGAGGUGGUCUCUCAGGAUAACAACCUUAACAACAACGAUGGGGGUAUAGAGGCUUCAUUUGGAGAGAAUGUUUUGGAAAACGAGGGGAGAGAAAGGAGCACGAGGGAAACUACACCCUGCAGUUUAAUAAGGGAUUCAGACACCAUAGGAACUCCUGGUUCUACUACUAGGCCUACUAACUCUACUGCAACAAAUCGAAGAGUACAGAAUGCAAUGAGGAGAAUCAUCCCAACAGCACAUGAGAUGGAGGAGUUCUUCGCCGGUGCAGAGCAACAGCAACAGAGACUGUUCACCGAGAAAUACAAUUUUGAUCCAGUGAAUGAUAAGCCUCUUCCUGGACGAUAUGAAUGGGUGAGAGUGAAACCAUAAGUGGGGUUGGUAUUCCAUCAAAGCUUCUUUUUCUGCAACCAGCUU